CAACAAUCGAGUAGGCGCAUCCUUAGAAUCGGCUCAACAUCUGCGUGCAAAGCUCUGACACUCUUGUCACCAUGGAGCAGCAGGUGCAUAAGCCCCAUAGGAAGGCGAAAGAGAAGAAGAAACAUACGGGCGAUCGCAACCCCAAAGCUUUCGCCUUUAACGCUCCUGGAAAACUCCUCAAACAAGUCGCCCGAUCCUCUGAUAUCAAAGAAAAACGCCUCCAUGUUCCCCUCGUCGAUAGAUUGCCUGACGAGCCGCCUCCAAGGCUCGUCACCAUCGUUGGACCCCCCGGAGUGGGAAAGACGACGCUGCUGAAAUCACUGAUCAGAAGAUAUGCCAAGGAAACCAUCACAGACCCUCAGGGGCCCGUGACGGUGGUCACCUCCAAGAAGCAGCGGUUAACCUUCGUCGAAUGUCCCGGCGAACUCGAGGCUAUGGUCGACAUGGCCAAAAUCGCCGAUGUGGUUCUACUCAUGAUCGACGGAAACUAUGGCUUCGAGAUGGAGACGAUGGAGUUCCUCAACAUCCUCGCCGCGACCGGCAUGCCAGGCAAUGUCUUCGGCAUUCUCACACACCUCGACCUGUUCCGCAAACCCCAAGCCCUCAAAGAAGCCAAGAAGCGACUGAAGCGCCGGUUAUGGAGCGAGCUAUACCAGGGCGCCCACCUCUUCUAUCUCUCCGGCGUCCUCAACGGCCGCUAUCCCGACCGCGAGAUUCACAACCUCUCCCGCUACCUUUCCGUCAUGAAGAACCCACGUCCCCUCGUGUGGAGAAAUUCACACCCAUACACGAUUGUUGAUAGUUACCGGGACGUCACACAUCCGACCAAAAUAGAAGAGGAUCCCAUGUGCGACAGGACGGUCGUAUUUUCAGGAUACCUGCGAGGCACAAACUUUGCCGCGCAGGGACAGAGGGUACACAUUCCCGGACUCGGCGACUUUUCCGUCUCCACCGCUGAGGUCUUGCCGGAUCCUUGCCCUACCCCUGCCAUGGAGCAGGCUGCUGCCAAGCUCACCGGCAAAGCCCCGCGACGCCGGCUCGACGAGAAGGACAAGAAACUACACGCGCCCAUGUCCGACCGCAGCGGACUGAAAAUCGAGGGGGAUGCCAUCUGGAUCACGAAACAAAGGGGCUUCACAUUCGAAAAGGAUGCCGACGUGGAGCGGGGAGAGGGCGAAGAGAUGAUCAUAGAUUUGCAAGGAGAGCGGAAGCUUCUCGGCCAGACCGACGAAGGCGUGCAGCUCUUCAAAGGCGGCGAGCAGAUCAAACGCGUGGACGACGAGGACGAGCAGAAUACGGGGAGGAAAACCCACCGGAAACCACGGUUGGCACAGCGCGACGACGACGACGACGGCUCGGAAGGAGAAGGACCUGAGGACGAAGGGUUUGUCAGCGGGGACGACGAAGGCGACUCGGAAGUCGAGACCGAAUUUGACGAGGCGAAGCUGGGCAAGCUCUUCAAAUCGGAUGCUGACAAGAACGGCGCCGACGAAGAUGUCGCUUUUGCCGAGAGUGAUUCAGACCUCGGCUCCAUGUCGGGUUCGGACAACGAUUUCGACGACGAGUGGGACGGUGAAGAUGACGAUCUCGGUGACGAUUUGGGCUCCGACGAAGAAGCCGCGGCGUUGAAGUGGAAAGAGAACAUGGCAGAGCGGGUGAAGAAACUGCACAAGAGACGUUCAUACUACACCCCGGAUCUCGCCAGGUUUCUCUACGAUGAUUCUUUGACCCCUAAGGAGUUGCUGAAGAGGUGGAGAGGAGACAACGACGACGAGGAAGCGGAAGAGGAAGACAUCGAGGCCUCGGACGAUGAAGAGUUCUUUAAAAAGGCCAAGCGCGAAGACGAGGACCUGGUGGAGGACCGGUCGAUACCCCAGUAUGACUACGAGGAUUUGGCAGCGAAAUGGUCCUUGGAGGAAAACGUCGAAGCGCUACGAAAGAGAUUCACCUCGACAGCGUUAUCGCGAGAGAACGGGGCGGGGGGCGGCGACGAAGAUGACGAAUUUGAGGGCAUCGAGGACGAGGAAGACGGGGACGAGGACGACGAAGGAGAUGGCGUGUUCGAAGACCUCGAGACCGGAGAAAAGCAUGGCCCCGAAGCGUCAGCCGCCGAGCCGGCAUCGCUCGAGGACGAACGCGCGAAAAACGCUCGUCGAAAAGAAGAGCUGAAACUUCGUUUCGAGGAGGAAGACCGCGAAGGCUUCUUGAACGACAAGGCCAAUGCUAGACGCGAGGCAGGAGAGGAGCAAGAAUUCGGCGAAGACGACUGGUAUGAUGCGCAGAAGGCCAUGAUCCAGAAGCAGCUGGACAUCAACAAAGCCGAGCUGGAGAACUUGGAUGAACGACAACGGGUCGGCGUUGAAGGAUACAAAGCGGGCAAAUAUGGUAAAAUCGUCAUCGAGGGCGUCCCCGCAGAGUUCGUCGAGAAGUUCCAGCCGCGGAUGCCCUUGAUUCUGGGCGGCUUAUCGGCAACCGAAGACCGGUUCGGAUAUGUGCAGGUCAGGUUGAAGAAGCAUCGCUGGCACAAGAGGAUCCUGAAGACGAACGAUCCCCUCAUCUUCUCCCUCGGAUGGCGGAGGUUCCAGACGCUUCCCAUCUACAGCACCACGGAUUCCCGAACGCGGAAUCGGAUGCUGAAGUACACGCCGGAGCACAUGCACUGCUUUGCCACCACAUACGGGCCCCUUGUCGCCCCGAAUACGGGUUUCGUAUGCUUCCAGUCUUUCUCCCCGGAAAACCCGGGCUUCCGGAUCGCCGCGACGGGCACCGUCUUGAGUGUCGAUGAAUCUACGGAGAUCGUGAAAAAGCUCAAGCUUACCGGUACGCCGGAUAAGAUCCACAAGAACACGGCCUUUAUCAAGGGCAUGUUCAACAGCCCUCUGGAGAUCGCCAAGUUCGAAGGGGCUUCCAUCAAGACGGUGUCGGGCAUCCGCGGCCAGAUUAAGCGCGCGCUGUCCAAGCCGGAGGGUCACUUCCGCGCGACGUUUGAAGACAAGAUCCUCUUCAGCGACAUCGUCUUCCUCCGGGCGUGGUACCCGAUCAAGCCGCACCGGUUCUACAACCCGGUCACCAACCUGAUCGGGUGGCAGGCGAUGCGGCUGACGGGGGAGAUCCGGCGGGACCAGGGCAUCGCGACGCCGCAGCUCAAGAACAGCCAGUACCGGGCCAUCGAGCGGCAGACGCGCCACUUCAACCCGCUGCGCGUGCCCCGGGCGCUGGCGGCCGAGCUGCCGUUCAAGUCGCAGAUCGUGCAGGCCAAGAAGCAGAAGAAGGACACGUACAUGCAGAAGCGGGCGGUCGUGUCCAGCAAGGAGGACAGGCGGGUGAAGACGCUGAUGCAGCAGCUGGCGACGAUUCGGAACGAGAAGGUCGCCAAGCGGGCGGUGAAGAAGGAGGAGCACCGGGCCAAGUAUCGCAAGAAGGUGGACGCGUCGGAGGAGAAGAAGGAGGCUCGGGAGAAGAAGGAAAGCAAGGAGUUUUGGAGGAAGAACGGCAGGAAGCGGCAGGCUAUGGAGGAGGGGGGUGGCUCCAACAAACGGCGCAGGUAG